CUCGCUGCCGAGCACCCCCAAAUCCCUUCGGUCGUCUUCCUCGCGCGCCGCCAGUACCCAUCCCGCUGCCGAGCACCCUACACCCCUCGCUCCGUCGCUCGUCUUCCUCCUCGGGCAAGCGUCGCCACCAGGCCCCCGUUUCAUCUCCUAAAUCUCCGAUUCGUAACUGAGGCAAAAAUCAAGGUAGGGCGGCCGCCCUACCUUGCCCUACUGGGUACUCCGCCGGUGUGUGAGAUGGAAUGGGGUUUCAGCCGAGGAGGUGGAGGUGUAUAAUGAGACCCUGUGUAUGGGAUAAUCCAAUUUUCCCUGAGAAAAUAGUGAGGAAAUGAUAUCCAGGAAGGACUGUGUACACUCUACACAGAGCGAAUCCUCUCUGCCUCCCUUCUGAAGUGUGCUUCGUGGUGGAAAAAACAACAGCAGGGACAAAGUUGUCUGUCCCUUGGUCAAGUAAAGGGUUUAUUGAUUUUGUUUUGUACAAACAUCCCUCGAGGCAAAUCAUGGAGAAACACAUUCAAGUUCAGCGCAUUUCACCAAGAGACUGAUCAAAUAUGGAAUAUCCUCAAAGGCCAAUGGACUUCAGGGCAAAAGUUUGGACCUUUUUUAAAAAAAAAGUUUGAAGUGGUCAUUAUGGUGAAGAAAACCACACAGAAAGGUUAUGGUAUAGCUGGGUGCCCAUCAAGUUCUGAACUUCCAGAAAAUAAUGCAAGGCAGAAAUUCCGUUUAGGAGAUAUAACAUGGGUUAAGCAUGGUAGCUCCUCAUGGUGGCCAGCACAGGUCAUCGAUGAAGCAUCUGUCAGUAGCAAGCCCAAGAAGAAGACCGGCCAUGAUGCCCUAGUUCGUUUGUAUGGCACAUGUGAAUACGUUUAUGUUGACCCUUGGAAGUCUAACAUGGAAUUUGAAAUGAUUCUGAAGGAAGAAAAUAAGACUGCCAGGGAAGCAUUCCAUGAAGUGCUUCAGAAGGAGCUCUCUGGUUUUAAGUCGCCCAGUGAUUAUGACGAGGAAGGAGCUGCCAACUCAAAAGCCAAGACCGCUUCUAGGAAAGUCAGAAAGCAAGAAGGCUUAAAGCGAUCUGGCCAUGGUAGUCUAAAAGAAUUAGCAGGCUCUGAGCCGGAGCAAGAAGUUGGGAGCAAUGCAACAACUAGAGUUGCUGUUCGGGGAGGAAGAAAGCCGAAAGGUGGGAGACAAUCAAGUCCUCUUGAUAAGGACCAAGGCAUCGAUAAAGCUUCGAGUGAAGUUUGUGCCGAAGGUUUAAGAGAUAAGACACAGAAGCAAGUUUCUGCUGUGCGAGAUAAAAAGGGUCGUAUGGAAACACCAGGAACAUCAGUGGUCGAAGGAUCAAGAAGAUCAGGCCGUACCAAUGCAAAGAAAUAUUUUGACACAGCUGAGAACAGCACAUCACAACUCCAUCAUACAAGUGCAAGUGAAAAUGCAGCUGAAGUAGGAGAUAUAACAUCAGAGAAUCAAAGUGAGCACAACAAUGGUUCAAUGGCAGAUGCAACUCACCGAGAAAUAAAAGCCAUGGUGAGGGAUAUACUGUUGGGGGACAUCAUAGCCAGGCAACAUGCUGCUGAAAUGGCCUAUGUAGAUGAAGUGAUCUAUGGAAUUUGUGAUGCUACUGAGCAAAAUGUGGUUGAUGGUACUGCUGCUGAUAUAGAGGGUGGGCGAGGCGUCAAGCGAACCGGUAGUCAACUUGAGGCUGAUUCAAGUAAUGUUACUCAGAGAACUAGAAAAGGGAAAGCGAAAAAACAGGGAAACAGUCCUAACUCUUCUCCUAGCAGGGAUGCAGCGAUGGAAGGGUCGGAGCAACGUAGGACACGCCAAAUCAAGAUCAUGCAGAGCCUAGGUCUGAUUGCUCCAUCAGGAUCUCCGUUCGGCAAAAAUGGAUUGGUCGCAACCACCCAUCAAUAAUUCCAAGCUGCUCGCUAGGACCUAUACUAGAUUUUCAUUUUGCAAGCACACUAUUGGCUUCUGUAUGGAAACACCUAUGUAUGGUUCCUGUCCUGAUCUACUAAAGUAGUUUACAUUGCUGUUUCCUUUGCAGGAGAAUUAGCCGAGUUUAUCUGAUGCGCCAUUGGACCUGUAUCAGCAAAAAAGAUGAGUCGUGGCGGCUCAGUGUUGUACCAAUUGAAUCUUUGCACACGCAUUACCAAAUUAUUAAGUUGGACUAAAUUGUUUC